UAUAAAAACAUUUAAUGACCAAAGCCAGUCAAACGUAUUUCAGCUUCAGAGAAUCAUAUAAGGUAGAGUUGGGAGAACAACACAGAUUCAAGAAUCGGAUCACUUCCAAACCCUCACGAUGAGGCUGGGAACACCACAACCUCACAGCUUCCUUUGUCCAGGUCUCUGGCUCUUGACACUUUUUCUACUCAGAACAGCGGAAGCUCAAGACAGAGAAGGACCAUGUGGUCCUCCUGGCUUUCCGGGCAUACCUGGUCCCCCUGGCCCUCCUGGCCCUGUAGGACACCCGGGAUUUCCUGGGAUGCCAGGUAUGCCAGGACCUCCAGGACCUCCAGGACCUCCAGGAGUAAUUGGAGCCCCAGGUAUUCGUGGACUACAAGGCUUACCUGGAGUUUCUCCUUCAAAACAGAAAUCUGCCUUUGCUGCAGAACUGGGCAAAGAUUAUCCAGAACCAAACCAGCCCAUCGUGUUCCACAAGAUCCUAUACAAUGAACAGCAACAUUUAGAUGAGGCUUCGGGUACCUUCACCUGCCAAUUCCCUGGAGCCUAUUACUUUGCCUACAACCUACAGGCAAACCAGAAUUCACAUGUUAUAUUGAUGAAAAAUGGUGUAGAGGUGAUACAAUCUUAUCAGAAUGCUACAGGUGGUUUUGAAAACUUUUCAGGUAGUCUGAUCCUUAACCUGGAUAAAGGAGAGCGGGUGUGGUUACAAGCAAACCAGGAUUAUAAUGGGAUAACCCAAGGAAGUCACUUUAUGGGUUACCUUCUUUUUUGAAUCCUAGAUUAACAAUUUAGAAAUGAGUCAGGAUAUAAAGUACAGCAUAAUUAAUCUUUUAAGCAUUUACAUUGCUGAUUUGUAAAUUAUUUCUCUUGAUAUCUGCGGCCCAUGCAGUGCACCUUCUUGCACGCAGAACUAAGGCUGCAUUGGAAAGCUAUUUACAGGGAAAUAAAAGCCAUUGAUCUCAACAUGACUAAAGCAACCGUGCUUAGGAUCACACUGUAAGCAGUUUCAUGUUUAAUUAAGGCUCAGGUUUAGUUCAGAGAAAUGUUUUUAUUAUAUUCAGAGAAGAGAAAAUGUUGAUUCAAUGAGAAAAGUUUAAGGGUUUCCAAAAGAAGGUGUGGUGCACAUUUUUAAUAAAAGAAAUUUCUGACAUAUGUCCAUAUCUGUAAUAAUGCCUCUGAAAUUAAACAUCUCAUCUUAACUAAA